GCCCGUCCCCGCCCCGCCCCGCCCCGGCCGCUAUUAAAGGCGCUGGGUCGGCAGCUGUUGUGGUGUUGCUGGGCGGCGUGUGGGGCCAUGGCGACUUACGUGCAGCUCAACACCGGGGCCAAGAUGCCCAUCCUGGGGCUGGGCACGUGGAAGUCCCCUCCAGGGAAGGUAACAGCUGCAGUAAUGGCUGCUGUUGAUGCUGGAUAUCGUCACUUUGACUGCGCCUAUGUGUACCAGAAUGAAAAUGAAGUUGGGGAUGGGAUCCAGCAAAAAAUCAAGGAAGGUGCUGUGAAACGAGAGGACCUCUUCAUUGUCAGUAAGCUGUGGUGUACGUUUCAUGAAAAGCCUCUGGUGAAGGGAGCGUGCCAGAAGACUCUUGCUGCCCUGAAAGUGGAUUACCUGGAUCUCUACCUCAUCCACUGGCCUCUUGGUUUUAAGGCAGGAGAGGAGUUGUUUCCCACAGAUGACAAAGGCAUGUCUAUACCCAGCAACACAGAUAUUCUACAGACAUGGGAGGCCAUGGAAGAACUGGUGGAUGCUGGUCUGGUAAAAGCCAUUGGUAUCUCUAACUUUAACCAUGAGCAGAUAGAAAGAAUCUUGAAUAAGCCGGGACUGAAAUACAAGCCUGCAAAUAACCAGAUUGAAUGUCAUCCAUACCUUACCCAGGAGAAGCUGAUCAAGUACUGUCAAUCCAAGGGGAUUGCUGUGACAGCGUACAGUCCACUUGGCUCUCCUGACAGACCAUGGGCUAAGCCAGAGGAUCCUUCCCUUCUGGAUGACCCCAAGAUCAAAGAGAUUGCAACCAAGCACAACAAAACCCCAGCACAGGUUCUUAUUCGGUUCCACAUCCAGAGAAAUGUGAUUGUGAUUCCCAAGUCUGUCACACCACAGCGCAUUGUGGAGAACUUCAAGGUGUUUGACUUUGAAUUGACUAAAGAGGAGAUGGCAGCUAUUCUCAGCUUUAAUAGAAACUGGAGAGUCUGUGCAAUGAGCACGUGCAAAACUCACAAGGACUACCCUUUCAAUGCAGAAUACUGAAGAUGGACACCUGCCUUUCUCCAGACUUUUCAGAUAUGCUUCUGCUGUUGCCUAUGAGUUGUCUAUGUAGCUUUCUCACUGCAUCAGAUUCCCCCACCCCAACUUUUUCUCCCACAAAGAUGCAGUAUAUGUACUCGGUGAUUUUGUGGUGUUGGUUGGUUGGGUUUUGGUUGGUUUUUUUUUUUUGAAGAAGGAAAUGCUAAAAUGGUUCUGAAGAGCACCCUGUAUGGACUAGUAGAUUCUUUGCCAAACUGCAAGUCUGGAAUCGGUAAGCAAAAAACACUGAGAAAGUUUGAACAAGCAGUCACUUUCAUUUUGGAACACUGUGAAUUGGAGCUAGUAACUGUUGUUGUCUGGAAGGACCAGGAUAAUGGCAGAUUUUAUGUAAUUAAUGAGGUCUGGUUUUUUUUCUGAUUACUUCUGGGUUUGGUUUUGGGUUUGUUUGGGUUUUUUUUUUUUUUGUAACACUCCAUGGAUCUUUCUCAAAUUGGAAGUGCAAGUUGAUUUCUAAGCACAGCAGUUUGUACCUGGGUAGCUCUUUGAAAAGUGUAUAGGUCCUAGUUUCUUGAUGAUAUGAAGGCUGUUUUUGCUUAUAAUAAAAUACAGUUUCAUUACUGUG